GAUGAAACAUCACAUGACUGAAAUUUUGUUGAAAGAUAUUCAUAAUGCCAUUAAUGAAAAGGAGAGACCCUUAGAGAAAAUUCAAAAGAGUCAUUUGAUUCAUAGUUUUGAAAGAUCUAUAGUCAACAGAUUUUUAAAUUGGGCAAGGUUAAAACUAAUCAAUUACUCAAUUGGGAAUAUUAAACACAAUUUUAAAGAUAAAGAUACAGGCACAGACAAAAAUCCAUUAGAUGUUUCCUGUGGAAAAAUAUUUAGUGGAGUAAACAAGAAAAUAAUUGGCGGUGAAAGAACAAAUAUUAAAAAUGUUCCUUGGCAGACUUUUUUAUUAAUCAAAAGUGAAGAUAAAUCUGUUGCUUGUGGAGCAAUUAUAAUCCAUCCAUACUAUUUAUUAUCAGCAGCUCAUUGUGUUAAGAGAAUUGAAAAAUAUAUUUUUCUAGCUGGAAUUGAUGAUAUUAAUAAAUUUUCCCAAAAUAAUACAUUCUAUGCUGAAAAAGUUUGGAUACAUGAACAAUACAAUACAAAGACUUUUGAAAAUGAUAUUGCACUUUUUAAAAUCACUAAAGAAGUUCAAUUUAAUAAAUAUAUUCAACCUAUUUGCUUACCUGAAAGAGAUUAUGGAACAAAUAACAAUUAUCAUUGUGCAGCUAGUGGAUUUGGAAGAAUAAGUCCAACGAGUAAUUUUAAAUAA